AUGAUGAAGACUCGCCGAACCAAAACCGAAGCUAAACCAAUUACAAUCACUGUUGAACGCUUAUCUGACAAUUCACGUAUGACAUUCACUAUAUCAUCUGACAAGACUAUCAAACAACUGCGUACGCUAUUAAACCAUCAUUUACCACCGCUAUCGUCGGGUCGCUUUGACUUAUACUCGUAUCAACGUGGUGCUCUAAUACACUUUCAUCCUUCGUCGUUUAAGCUCGAUUACUUCCCCGUUAUCUUCGAUCAAUCUGUACUCGUACUAAAAAUGGAUGACCGCUUAAACAUGAAUGUCGACACCGAUAGACCUAAAUCGAAUCGAAGUAAACAGCAUAAAUCGUCGCUAAAGUCAAACAAAUGUUUACCUUUAACUGAUAUCCUAUCUUCUAAGACGGCAUCGACGACGAAAGUCUCCUCUGAUCACCAAGCACAAUCGCCCUCGUCAGCUUCAUCGAAUGUAACUUGUCUAACUCUUCUAAAACAGUUCUUUCAUCGCUCUUCGACAAAGAAUGUGAAUCAAGCAGAUGAUACGAAUCCUCUAACUUACUAA